CCCACCCCCACCCCCCUUCUUCGUCAAAUUCAGUCACUCACUCUUUUUCUUCACUUCCAGCUCACUACACCACACUGAACACAGAAAUGGCGAUCCCAAUCUCCAUUUCCAAUUUUACCCCUCUCACAUUCCUCUAUUUACUCUUCUUCUCCUCCAUACUUCUCCCCAUUUCCUCCUCUCUCAACAUUGCCGAUCUCCUAUCCUCUCACCCUAAUUUCUCCGACUUCACCUCCCUCCUCACCACCACCGCCGUCGCCGCCGAUCUCUCCGGCCGCUCCUCCAUUACCAUCCUCGCCGUCCCCAACGCCUAUCUCCGCACUUCCUCCGCCGUGAACCGCCCCUCCCCCGCCGUACUCGCCGACGUCCUCCGCUACCACGUCCUCCUCGAGUACCUCUCCCUGUCCGACCUCCGCCGCAUCCCUCCCACCGGAAAAAUCGUCUCCACCCUCUUCCAAGCCACCGGCCGCAACGCCGCCGCCAAUUCCGGCUCCGUCAACAUCACCUUCGACCCCUCCUCCUCAGCCGUCACCUUCCACUCCCCCGCCGCCAACGCCACGCUGCUGUCCCCCGUCGAAACCCUACCCAUCAACGUAUCAAUUCUGUCGUUAAAUUCGCUGCUGAUACCCUACAAUCUCGAUCUCAUGGCUUCCGAAACACGGCCGCCUCCGCCGGGGCUCAACAUCACCAAAGCCCUAAUCGACGGCCACAAUUUCAACGUCGCGGCGGCGAUGCUCGCCGCCUCGGGGGUGGUUUCGGAGUUCGAAAACGACGAAGGCGGCGCCGGGAUAACCCUCUUCGUCCCCACAGAUAAAGCCUUCGCCGAUCUACCUUCUUCCGUCAAAUUUCAGUCACUGCCGGCCGAUAGAAAGGCGAUCGUGUUGAGAUUCCACGUCCUCCAUUCCUACUACCCGUUGGGUUCGCUGGAGGCGAUUGUGAACCCGAUUUACCCUACAUUAGCCACCGAGCAAAACGGGGCGGGUCGAUUUACCGUAAACAUUUCUCGCGUAAACGGGUCGGUUGGGAUCGACACGGGUAUAGUCCAAGCUUCGGUUACCCAAACGGUUUUGGAUCAGAACCCGGUAGCGAUUUUCGGGGUAUCGAAGGUGUUGCUCCCAAGGGAGUUUUUCGGCAAGAAUCCGGCCGAGGUGAGUAAGCCUAGUGAAGGUAGUGGAACAUUGGUUAAUAGUGCCCAGCCGCCGGAAAUUUCCCUCUCGCCGGAAUAUUCUCCCGGUCCACCCCCUCUCGGGCUGGAAAUCCGGUCUUCGGUAUUGAGAAUACUUCCGUGUUGGUGGUGUAUAGUAUUGUGCUAUUUAUUGCUAUAACAAUUCGAUAUUCCGAUUGCUUCUCAGCAUUUCGAAAGAAUUAAUGUGAUCGAAAAACAAAUUAACACGGGAAAAAUCGAACUUCCGUUUUUCUACUUGAGGAUUCAAUUCAUCAUGAGGUAAAGAAGGAAAGAAUCUGCAUUCUUGUUGGUUUGUAAAGAACUUGCUGUAAUGUAAUAUAGUGUGACGGAUUUUCUGCUGUACAAUUUUGAGUGUAAUAAAGUUUAAUUGCAGUA